AUCAGAUAAGAAAAACACAUGUUCCAGGUGAAACUGCACAGUUGCCAGGAGCAAAAGACUCUUGUAUAAGGUUGUGUGAAAAUGAAACAUUGCUGAAAAAGAGUAUGUGUAAAUAGUCAAACUUCCCUGUACAAACAAGUUAAACUACUAUCAGAUCCUUAUGUUCACCAGUCUCUCAAGGGUGUGAGCUGGUAAAGUAAACACAGACCAGCCCUCCAGCAUUAAGAAAACAGUAGGAGUACACUUCCAUUUCAAGGCUUGCUGUUCACUUUUUGAAGUCAUGAAACUGGGCAAAACAGGGUUUUUUAAAUCUUCUGUGUGAUCUGUGUCCUCAGGUAUUUGUUUUUGUUUUGCUUUCAGUGCAAACAUUAGACUCUUUAUUAAAUUACACCAAGCCCACGUGGUUACACAAAGAGAUCGUUUACAGUAUAGAGCUUCCCAAUGGACAGAAGAGCUUUGGCUUUGAAGGCGAUGAUCAAGAAGCAUCGUCCUAAGAAGGAAGAUUUGGACACUCGAAAGUGGAUGAGACAGGAGACUGUGAGGGGGUUUGCUGAUUUCAUACUGAACAAACACUCGGACAACGAUACAGACAACAGCUAUGACAACAAAGAGAUGUUGCUUGAAGCAGAGAAGCAGUUUAUGGAAGCAGCUAAGAGUAAUGAUGUGGAGACCAUGAAGACUCUUGGAAAAGGGCUGAAUGCCAAUGCAAAGAAUGUGAAUAAUAGGACUGCCCUUCACUAUGCGGUAGCUGGCAAAAACAAGGAAGCUGUGCAGCUUCUUCUACAGCGCAGGGUCAAGGUUGACCAAAAGGAUAAGUAUGGCGUGACACCCAUUCAUUUGGCUGCCUGGUUUGGCAGUUUGGAGAUCCUGAAAUUAUUAGUGCAGGCUGGGGCUGAACAGAAGGUUGAGAAUGAGGAAGGACUGAACAUCAUGCAUUGUGCUGCUAUCAACAACCACACUGAAAUUGUAGAGUAUAUUGUUAAUGACCUGCAGAUGAAAGAACUAGACAAAGAUGACCAGUCAGGACACCGGGCAUUUGCAUUGGCGGCAGAGCAUGGGUGUGUUGAAAUGUUAGAUAUGCUGAUGGAGCCACACAACAUGGCCACCAUGAAGCCCAACAAGAGAGGGGACACGCCCCUGCACUUGGCUGCCAGGAACGGCCACUUGGAUGCCGUCCAACUGCUGCUGCAGAGCUUUGAUACUCGGGAUGAAGUCAAUAUGGAUGGUGAGACAGCACUGUACCAGGCUGCAGACAAUGGCCAGGAAGGAUGUGUCCUGACCCUGCUGGAGGCUGGCUGUGACCCCAACAUCCUCACAACGGCCAAAUGCACUGCUCUCCAUCCAGUUUCAGAAAGAGGAGACACAGCUCUUGUCCAACUCCUAUUAGAGUACAAAGCCCAUAUGGACUUUAAGAAUCAGCACCUAGAGGCUCCUCUCCACCUGGCAGUGAAGAACAGUCACAUCCCUGUCAUCCAUUCUCUACUGACGGCUGGCUGCAACAUUAAUGUCACCAAUAAGAGGUCCCAGACUGCUAUGCAUCUUGCUGCAGAGCUGGCCAGAACAGAAAUCGUGGAAAUGCUUCUUAAAGCUGGGCUGGAUCUGACACUCCGAGACAGGCAGGGGAAGACGGCUCUGGGUGUGGCAGUCAGAGCUGACGAGGUGAUUAUAGUGGACAUGAUCAUCAAAGCAGAAAGAUAUUACGCUUGGAGGGAGGCCAACCCUGAGCUUAAUGAGAGUGUUCACAGCGAGUAUCCGCUAACGUUUAAACUCGACCAUCGCUAUGAGACCAAGCAGCUCCGUUCGAUGGCCUGGCGCCUGGCGUAUGAGCUCCUGAAACCAGGAGACUGGAAAAGACUAGCAGAAAACUGGGGCUUCACCAAGGAGCAAGUGUCGGCCAUCGAGGAGCAGUGGACAGGUCAGCACAGUUAUCAAGAGCAUGGGAACAGGAUGCUGCUGAUCUGGCUCCACGGGGAGGAGUUGGCUCAGAAGAGCCCUGCUAAAGAACUCUACCAGGGCCUCAUCCUCACAGGGAACAGGAAGGCUGCAGAUAAGAUUCGGAUGGAGGCAGAGAGUGCCAGCAGUAAGAGCUGCAGCAUUUCAUGAGGAUUAACACUGCAACAUAUGGACUGACAAAAUGAACUCCAUGUACAUCAUUUUCAGAUACUGAUCUGUACAGGAAGUUAGUAGUAAAAUAAUUUAUUUUAAAAAUAAAAUUCUGAUCAUUAACAUAUGGCUUUGGUUAAGUAAACAACCUGUGGUGUUGCAAGGUCUGUCUCAAUUGAAAACAUCAAUAAUAACAAAUAUUUUAAAUGUGAUGUUAUACAUUACAGUACAGUCUCGCCUGUGCUUAAUUUAAAGUAAAACGUUUUCAUAGACAUAAAUGUCCAUUUUGUAAUUCUAAACUCUGUCCAGCUGGUAAUAAAUAAACAUUUACAUUUGCAGUUCUAAA